GAUAUUUAUAUGACACUUAUAUAAAGCAAUACUUGAGAAAAAUGCGACUAGAGAUAGUUCUGAUGUAAAACAACCACAAGCGGAACCAGGCGCUUGAGGGUCUUGUUUUGUUCCCUACUGUUUUGACGUUGCACCAAAUGUCCAUGCGAGUCUUACAACUGCGAGACUGUGACCGCUAUGAUGAAAAUGUGUUGUUUAUGACUUUUAAUGAUCUGUACCACCGCACUAAAACUGGGGUUUUGAAGACAGUUUGAGCACACUCAUGGCUCGCGUUGUUAAAGUAUUUCGGACAUUGCGUAAUCAUUGGAAGAAGAGCACAUUUGCUGUGUGUGUCUUGUCCUACGGGGGAUACUGGCUGUAUGGUAAACACUGUGAUAAUGUCCUGCGCAGAGAAGCGUGUCUAUUAGCCAGGGAAUAUGGACAGCAGCAGAUAGCACCACAGGAGCGGCUGAGGAAAGCAACUGUGAUUUUGAACCCUGCGGCUUGCAGUGGGAAAGCCAAUAACCUAUUUGAAAAGAAUGCUGCUCCUAUUUUACACCUGGCUGGUGUGCAAAUUACAGUAGUCAAGACGGACUAUGAAGGCCAGGCAAAAAAAAUGAUGGAGGUUAUGGAAGAAACAGACAUGCUUGUUGUGGCUGGAGGGGACGGCACCUUGCAGGAAGUCAUCACUGGUUUACUGAGAAGGCCAGAUCAAGACACCUUCAGUAAUACACCAAUUGGAUUCAUUCCACUAGGCUCUCACAAUUCCCUCAGUCCAAGUCUUCAUCUCAUCAGUGACAACAAGGUCAAGGAUAUUACAUCAGCAACACUGUCCAUACUGAAGGGAGAAACUGUACCGCUCGAUGUGCUGCAAAUCAAAGGAGAGAAAGAACAGCCCGUCUUUGCUCUGAUGGGACUGCGUUGGGGUGCUUUUAGAGAUGUGGCUUCAAAGAUCAGCAAAUACUGGUACCUUGGACCACUGAAAACGAAUGCAGCACAUUGGUUUACCACUCUAAGGGAGUGGCCUCUGGUCCGGGAUGUUUCUGUAUCCUAUUUGGCUCCCACACUUCGGCCCCCUGACCUCCCCCUUGUGAAGGCCCCCAGGCCAAACCUGCUCCACCGCAUCAUCCGCAGGCUGAAGAACUACUGGAACCCACCAGCUGAAGAGCCUCCAAAAGUGGAAGAGCCAGAGAAGUGGGAAGAGCAACAGCUGUCGACGUUAGAGUUCUUUAUUCAAACACACAACAAAAACCCAGUGGAGAGGCGUAUCUAUGACUCCCUCAGGAUCAAUGCAGAGCCCAGCAGCUUCACUGUGGGCGAGUUCAUUACUGCUGGCAAUAUAAAAGCAGCAGACCCAACUAUAUUCACUGAAAACGCCACAAAACUGGAGGCCAGUGCUUGCCAGCUGCAGCUGCCAGAGGGUGCAACUGGCUUCUACAACAUUGACAAUGAGGAGUAUGAGGCCAUGCCUGUGGAGGUAAGGCUGUUGCCACGGAAACUCCGCUUCUUCAUCAGUGCCGAGCGCAGAGAGCAGCUCCUCUCACAGAUCCAAUGAUGAGAAAACACAAAAGCAGAAAGAAGACAUCAAACUGAAUUCGAGGGGGAGAAAAGGACCAGAUGCCAUCAAAUCCAGAGAUCAUUUUGAAAAUGGGUUUUUGCUUCACCGGCCGUUUUUAAAUGAUCAUAAUGUGCUAAUGGAGUCUGUUUUACUCCAUGUAAACAUAAAAUAUUCAGUAUGGGACUUAUUUGAUCCAGUUACAAAAAAGGAUUGCCUUAGAGGCUCUAUGUGAAAGGACCAAGGCUUCUUUUCUAAGCCAGUAACCCAUGUUCAGGUUGUCUUACUUUUACUGAAUAGUUUACUAUUAACAUGGUCAAUAAAAAUAAUGUCUGCCCACUUC